AUGAGUACUUCUUCAAUAGAUGAUAAAGAUAUUACACGUGAAUUAUGGCAAUCACGUUUACCAAUAUGUUUUAUAUUAUCUGAUGAAGAUAUGAGUAAAGUAAAUCGUUCUGAAUCACCAGAACCACUUUAUUUAAUGCUUUCACGUCAUUCUUAUUUUCCAUGUAUAAUUGAAAAAAUUUUUCGUUAUUAUUCAACAUAUUAUAAAGGAAAUUUAAAUGAUCAAACUAAUAGUAUAAAUCUUAAUAACUUAUGGCUUGAAUAUGAAAGUAUUCCACUUAAAUGGCAUUAUCCAAUUGGUCUCUUAUAUGAUUUAUAUACAUCAUCGCUAUCAUCAUCAUCAUCAGUAUCUCAUUUACCAUGGCAAAUCAUAGUUCAUUUAAGUAAAUUUCCUGAAAAUGAAUUAAUACGUUUUCCAGAUAUAGAAUCAAUUGAAGCACAUUAUAUGACAACAUUAAAAGAAGCCGAUGCACUUAAACAUAAAGGACAAAUAAUUGGUGAUAUGCAAAAACGUGAUCAUAAACAAUUAUGGAAUUCAUUAUUACAAGAUAAAUAUGAAGCAUUUUGGAAUAUAAAUAUAAAAUUAAUGUCUUAUACAGAUAAUUUACAAUAUUUUCGUUAUAUACCAUUUCGUAUAUAUAUAUUAGAUAAACCAUUUAUGCAAAAAUUAUUUUCACCAUAUGAUAUUGAACAAAAUAAAUGGAUGACAUUAUAUGAUUUAUUACAAUAUACAUUAAAUCAUGAAGUACAAUGUGAGAAAUUAGCUAAUGAAAAAAAAAUUUUAAAUAAUAAUAUUGAAAAUUAUCGUGUUAUUAUACAUGGUGUACAACCACCACUUCAUUCACCAAUACAAUGGCUUAGUGAAUAUUUUUCAUAUCCAGAUAAUUUUCUUCAUAUAUGUCUUAUUGAAAAUCAGAUGCGUUAA